ACAUCCGUCAACAACACACAGGACACCUUCAGCACGUUUGUAGCUUGUUUCAUAACACCAAACCGCACAACACUUCCCUGACCUAUGUUAGCGAGUUAUUUAUAUAUAGUUUUUAACGCGAGUCAGAGAAAUGAUGUGCAUUAAACAGAUAUUUUCGCGAACACAUCGCUUAAAAGUCGGACAAGUGCUCGGUGCAGCUUUCACUUCCAGCAGAUGUUUUCAUGGUGAACAACAAGUAUCACGUGAAUCCAGCGCACUUCCCAUCAUUCAUCACAGCAGGUAUGUGUGCGACCUCCCUCCCAACCACAGGUUUCCUAUGGGCAAGUUUCCCCGCGUGCUGCACUUCUUAAUCAAAGAUCAGGUGAUCACAGAGGAACAGGUGUGGGUCCCUGAAAUUGCCUCUAAAGAAUUACUCAGCUGUGUGCACACUGAGGAAUACUUAAACGACUUCUUUAAUGGGAAAAUCAAUGAGCAGGAACAGAGGAGGACAGGUUUCCCCUGGAGUGAAGGCAUAGUGAGGCGCUGUCGAUAUGAGACAGGUGGGACUGUUCUGGCUGCUGAGGUAGCUCUGCAGAGGGGUCUGGCCUGCAGCACAGCAGGAGGAACACAUCAUGCCUUCCCAAGCUACGGUUCAGGGUAUUGUCUCCUCAACGACUUGGCAGUUGCCGCCAAAUACCUGAUGGGUGUCUCCUCGCACAAAAGGAAGAUUCUGAUCGUGGAUCUAGACGUGCAUCAGGGUGACGGCACUGCUUUCAUUUUUAAAGAGGAGCCGUGUGUGUUUACAUUCUCAGUGCAUUGUGGGAAAAACUUCCCCCUCCGUAAACAACAGAGUGACCUAGAUAUCAGCUUGGAUGAUGGGAUGGAAGACAAGGAGUACCUCUCCACAGUGGAGACCCACCUCCCCUUGCUGCUGGAGACCUUCCGCCCGGACCUGGUUCUGUAUGACGCCGGUGUCGACCCUCACUGGGAGGAUGAGCUCGGGCGGCUGCGUCUCACUGACCAAGGGCUGUAUCAGAGAGAUCUGUACGUGAUGAAGACUGUGGUGAGCAGAGGUGUUCCCGUCGCUGCCGUUAUCGGAGGAGGAUACUCGAGAGACGACGACAAACUGGCCCUUAGACACUCCAUCCUCCACAGAGCAGCAACUCAGGUUUGGAGGGACUGUGGAAUGUAAAACCUUCAUGCCCCGAAUCCAGAAGACCCUCACCAGUAGUGGAUCUUUUAGAGCCAAUGAAAAUAUCUAUAUUUUGAAAAAGGAUAUAUGAAAUGUAACUCUAACUAAUCAUCUAAAUCUGCAGCUCGUGGCUACUAAAUGCGUAAAAUAAAUGUACUGGAGUGAUAUAUCUAUAUUUUGAAAUUAUAAAUCUGGUAUUCUCUAUGUUAAUGUUAUCCAAGUAAACACAUUUCAUGUUUAUCAAGGAUUAUAAAAAAAAAUAUUCUUUUGGAGACUAUGAGUGUUUCUCAAUCGCGAGUAAAGCUGCUGCAGAGCCACU